AUGUCUAACAACGUGGCGUUGUGCGCGGCGACGGCGGCGGCGGCGGCAGUACCUCCGGAAAUUCCGCGGCGCGCCGAUAUGCGGUGGCUUGAACUGUGGAUCAGGACGCUUGGUUUUGCCAUCCAGUCCUUCCACCUGCUGGCCGUUUAUCGCCUAUGGGAGGGCUACAGAGCGGGCUCGGGCCGCCACCCCCUCUCCGGUCAUCUGCUUGCUUUUGCGGGCCUUACGGUGCCCCUGGCUAAGCACGUGGUGCUCCAGGGGGUGGCCAUGUUCGCCCCGCGGACCUACAUGCAGCACCGGCAGCAGCUGCACCUGGGUGCCAUGUUGGCGCGGCUGGUGGGGCUGCUCAUGCAGGCCACCAGCGAGUGCGCUGCCGUACGUGCCAAAGCGUACAAGCAGGAGCUGGUAUUAGCUGGGCUGGGCAUGAUGGUGCAGCAGGACCCCGCCAGGGUAUUCUUGGGUCACCUGGGCCUUACUGCCCUGGCCUGUCUGUGCGGCCACCUCAGCCGGGUGGGCCCGGAUGUCGACAUGCCGACAGAGACACUCAAGUUCAUGGUCACGUACUGCGGACUGCUGGCGCUCAACUCGCUGUGCGGGGGGAAGGGGAAGGAGGGGGCCCGGCCUGUCGUGUCGUGUCUUGCGGGGCUGGAGGGAGGGAAUUCGUUGUUGGCUAUGUACAACACGCUGAUGGGCCCAGCGCCUACUUGGGCAGGUGCGCGACCCUUGGGUCGGUUAGCAAGUGACAGCCUCCUGGACGCCGCGGGCGACAUGAACAGCCAAGCUGCAAUCGGAACCGCAGCCAGCACCGCAGCCAGCGGCGCUGCUGGGAAGCACGACGGCAGCCUCGACGCGUCGGCAACGCACACGCCGCGCCUGUCGUACGAUGGUGACGUCGCCGCCGCAUCCGGCGGCAUCGUGACGCCCUCGCCGCCGCUGGGGAUGUACAACUCGGCGCAGCAUACGUCGCUGCACGGGCCCAGCCCGCGCGGCGGCGGCGGCUGGAGCGGCGGCGGCAGCGGCGGCGCUUUUGACCACGGCGUACGAGCAUCUGUGGACUUGGGUGUUCUGCAGAUGCUGCAUUCGGAAGCUCUGACAGGUCACGGGCAUCACCACGGCAUUAUAGGCAGCGGCGCCGCCGCCGCCGCAAGCGCGGCGGGAGUAUUGACUGGGCCAGCGGCGAUGGCGGCGCCACCGCUGCUGGUACGAGUUCACAACACGCAUCUCAUUAAGCUGUGUGUGAUUCGGGCCUUUGCGAUGGCGUAUCAAGCUGCACAUAUGGCACAGGUUGUACGUGACUGCCGCCGUCGCGGCGAGCCGCUGCUCCAUUACUUCGGGUCAAUUCACCUGACGGCGCUGGGUACCAUACUGUACGGCGCACCUCCGUUGUUGGCGCUGAUCAGCCCCGCGGCCUACGCGCGCUGGGGUGGUGCACUGAAUAUGUGCAGCUGGGCUCUGACGUUGACAGUACGGGUCUUUUGUUUGAUUUUGGAGCCCGCAGGCAUGCACGACAUGCACGUGAUGCGGUCAUUCCUGUUCAACAACGCCAAUGCGAUUUCGUCAGAUUUCGGAACGUCGGCCUUCGCGACCUCCACCGGCGCCAUGACGCUGCUGUGGGUGGUCGUGCACGCGUACCUGUUGGUGAGCCGUGGCGUGCACGGCGGCGCUGGCGGCGGAGCGCCGCCGCCGCCGCUCCCGUACAUGGAGCUGUUGCGAACGUUGUCCACCUACCCUUUGGUGUGGUUGUUGGCUGUAGCCGUCAACAUAAUUUCUAGGGUGCCCCGGGUGACGUGGGUUGGCGGCGGCAGUGGCGGCGGCGGGGGAGUUGCUGCUGGUUCCGCUGGCGGGGGCGGGGGCGGCAGCGGCGCCGCUACCGGCGUCGCAGCCGCGGCGGUGCCGCAUGUCGCCGACGGCGCCGACGUCGGACUAGGUGAGCGGCGGCACAGUCUGCCCUUGCGCCGCCGCCACCUCCUGCACCACAACCACCACGGUCACAACCAUCUCCACCACGGCAUCUUUGGCGCCGCUGGCGUCAGCGCCGCCGCGGCCGCGGCCGCGGCCGCCGCUGCGGCGUCGAGCGGCGCUGGCUUGGUUGGCGUCGGCGGCGUGGGCGGAUUUCAUGUACCACAGCUGCAGAUCGGCGGCGGCGCCGUGGCCGCCGCACCCAGUCGUCUGGCGUCAUCCUCUGUCGCUGCCACGAACACACCGCCGCUGUCGCCUUCUACGCGCCAGCCUCCGACGCCCAUCUCCCCUAGCCCCUUUCUCAAGGCGACGUUGACGGCCCGAGCGGCGCUAGGGCUGCUGGCGACGCCUUCGUCGCCGCAUGUCGAUGAAGACACGUGCGAUCCAAUGAAGGCCCAGGCCGCGGCGGCGGCGGCGCUCACGCCCCUACCUGGCGGAGGAGGCGGCGGCGCCGCGGGGAGUGCUGGCCUUGGUACCGUCCUCCCGCAGAGCCCGGCGUCAUCGUCGAGUCCAAGGGCGAGCUCUAGGGCAAACACGCCCACAGAGUCGGCGGCAGCGACAGCGGCGGUGGCGGAUGAGUCCCUGGCGGCAGCCGCGGGCACCUCAGGUUCGUCCGCAGAGGCCGUCGCCGUACUGUCGCCGGGGUCACCUCCGCCGGACCCGCUGGCGGGGCCCGCGGCGGAGGUGAUAUGGUCGGCGGCGGCACAUGCAGUCAUCGCGGAGUGCAGAUUAGAGACUGAGGCGAUGGCGACGGUGACGGCGACGGCAAGGGCCUCAGCAGCCGAGGAGGUUGCGGCGGCGGCGGCGGCGGCGGUGGCGGUCCCGUCGGAGCCCGAAGCCCUGGAGACUUCUGGCCUGACGGCGGCAUCGGGCUUCACCAUAUCUCCUUACCUGACGCAGGCGUCGUCGCCAACCUCCACGACGGCGGCUGCACCUGUGUCGGCGCCGGCGCCGUCAGCGGCGUUGGCAUCAGCAGCAACAGUCGCCGCCGCUGCAGCAGUUAGUCCGGUAACCAAACUGGCCUGGAGAGGAAAAGAGUCGGGGUCAACGACAUUGGUUGCGACGGUGGCGACGGCGGCGAUGGAGGGGGAGCUGGCGACGGCGACAGCGACGGCGGCGCCGCUGCCGUCACCACACCCGUUGAGUUCUCGCGGUCAGGCAUUGAAUGUGGAGGAGGCGGAGGAAGCGGAGGCAGCAGCGGAGGCGGAGGAGGCAGCGCCGGAAGUGGAGGUGGAGGGCGUAGGGACGGUUGCGGAGGCGGCAGCAGUUCCUGGGCUGGGGUUGGAGGGCUCACCUCCGCUUCCGCCGCUUCCGCCGCUGAAGGACCUCCUUACCGAGUACGCGGCUCUGAGCCCCUUUCUUCAGCGACUCGCGGGCCCGAAGCAAUCCGACAGCCGCCGGCGAAUGCUCGAGCCCUCCGCAACCUCAUCCCCGCGGGUCGCGGGAUGGACCGCCGCGGCAGCAGCCGCCGCCACCGGCACCGGCACCACGGCGGCUGCGGCGAUGUCGUCGUCAUCAUCGCUCCGCCGCCACAUGCUCCGAGACCGCGCCGCCGCUGCCGUACGGCUUCUUGUUGUAAUCCACGCAGGACUUCCGGUCCUGCGACUGGCGCUGGAUUUGAUGAAGCCGCGUUACAGCUGGUUGUGGCCGGUGAUGUUGGUGGUGGUGGAGGAAGUGCGACUGUUUGUGCCCGAGGGCCUGGGUGUGUGUAUCGGCGGCCCCAGUCGCCCCCUCUAUGCCCUCUUCUUCGCCUCCGCGUUGUGGCGGCUACUGGAGCUCAACCCCACGACCUUCCAGUGGGCCACCGCGCUGCGACUGUCCGCGCUCAUGUACCAUUCCACGCUGCUGUACGACAGCGGUACGAUGUACGGCACCAACGGCAACACGGCUGGCCAGCUACACCCUCUUAUCCGUACUGCCGUUUUGUCCGUCGGCGGUUAUGUGGCGUCGCACCUCCUGCUGACACAGGCUGUGCCGGCGGCGAACCUGGCGGCGGCCGCGGCGGCGGCGGCGGGGCGGCGGCUGCCCGCGGCGCGGCGGUGGCUGUACGGCAUGUUGUCAACUUCGGAUGGUGCGGUGCUCUUGGGCCUUGCGGGCCUUGCUGUCGUACAUAUCGUAACGACCGUUGUGGACCUUGACGCUUACCGGUCCUCGGAGGUGGAUAUGGUUUCGGAGCUGGUUGGUUUGGUCAAGGAAGUGGUAAUCACGAGCUCUCAGGGCUAUUUCCGAAGGGGGGAGGCGCUGCCACCGGCUGUGUCGUACAGCCUGAUGGGGGGUCUGUCGGCGGCGGUUCUGGUGGCGGCGCUGCGGGCGGUGUACCUUGUCAGCCACGAGAGCCAAGGCCGGGAUGCCGAGUGGUACCGGCAGCACGGCGCGGCGCUGGCGGCCUUGCAUGACGUGGCAGCCCGAGAAACGGAUGUGGACGAGCUGUUGGCUACCCUGGAGCUGGAAACAUUGGACAUGUACAACCGCUGCUCGGUGUAUCUCGCCGUAAUGCCUCAGUACGGCAGGCUCCUAAGCUCCAGCUCCUGCGGAUGGGGCUGGGGCCCGCCGGACAGCCCGUACGGCACCUUCGGCGGCGGCACUGACGACAGCCCUUACGCCGGUGGCGGCAGCGGCGGUGCUGCCGACCCGUUCGCCUCCCAGUACGGCUCCUUGCUCAUCCCAAUCCACGAGCUCAGGGCGCUGAGGUCGUUAGUGGGCACUGGCGGCGGCACUGGCGGCGGCACUGGCGGCGGCGGCGGCGAUCUGAGCGGGCUCCAAGCUGCUAUUUGUACUUGGGAGUGUGUUCGUACAAUUGUCUCCCAAAUGAGGGCUCAGGAGGUGGCCGUGGUAACGGACCAGGGCCCCGUGUUGGGUAGGAGCACGGGUUCCACCCCCCUGGACUGGCUCCUUACAGCUUCCUUCGCUUCCAACCUGGCUGUCGUACCGGUUGCGGGGCUAGGGGCUGGUUUCGGAGCCGGAAGCAGCGCUGCUGCCGGGCUCGGCGGUGGUGGCGGCAGCAGCAGCUUCAGCACUGUGGGCGGUGGCGGGUAUGGCUGUCCUACUAACUUGGUUGGUGCGCUGCUGGUCCUGAGUCCGGUGCAUGGCGAGCUGGACUCCGGUCUGCUGUGCCUCACUGCGGAUGUGGCGCAUGCGCUGGGAGGGGCGCUGCACUUGCGACACAUGCUGGCGGAGUACCGGGCGGGGGAGCAGAUCCUUUACGACGUUCUGCCUUCCAACGUAGCAGAUGCCCUCAUGUCCCAGAAGAUGAAUAUGGACCCCAGGUACCGGAGAAUAUCACACGGCACAUUGGCGACGAACAACAUCACCACCAACACCACCACCACCAACAACAACAACAACGGCGGUAGCAAUGGCAGCUAUGGGACAGGCGCAAGGACGGUGUCUGGUAGCGGCCGGGGUGGCCGGCUCUCAUCAGCAGGCCAGGUGGCCUUGCCGCCGCCGGAGGCGCUGGCGCCGGCGUCAGAGGCGGCUGGCGGCGACGCCGCUGCGGCGUCGGCUGCACCGGGUGUCACCAGCACCGUCAGCGGUGCUCGCGCCGAUGACGGCGAGGGUGAUGCGGCUACUGCUGCCGCUGCCGCCGCCGCUACAGGCGCUACAGCUCCAGCUGACCUGGCGAACCGGCACCCUGGUGGCAGACAGUUGACCGUUAGGACGAGCUCCGGCGGAGCGUUGUGUGGUGCGGCGCAGCGCCGGGAGAGCCCGACGUCAUCACCGUACAACACGCUACAGCAGCAGCAGCAUCCGUACAACCAUCUCUUGCGGCCUCUGCCCACCCAGAUGCCGCAUCCGCAACUGGGAAGCGGUGACGGCGGUAGUGGUGGUUUCGGAGCUGCCGGGAGAGCGGCGGCGGCGGCGGGAGCCGUCGGCUUGGCGGUCGGAUCGAGUGGUGGGACGUCGCCUAUUGGCGGCGGCAGCGCGUUCUUGGGCAGUAUCGGCAGCACCGGCGACAUCGUAUACAAGCAAUGGCACGCGGGUGUUUCGGUCCUGUUCGCGGAUAUCGUUGGUUGGACGAGUCUGGCCCAGGAGGUUGAGGCGGAGCAGGUGAUGAUGCUAUUGCACGAGCUGUUUUGCAAGUACGACGCCAUUGCGGAUGAGAUGGGCAUCUACAAGGGCGACUGCUACAUGGCGGCAUCCGGUUUGCUGACAGAGGACCGCCAUCACGCCGCCUCCCUGGUGGCGUUUGGAAAGGGGAUCAUCCAGGCCGCAGCCUCGGUCCACAACCCCAAGACGGGAACUGGUGUACAGAUUCGUGUCGGUGUCCACUCGGGUCGCGUCAUGAGCGGCAUCGUGGGGCGUCAUCGGGCCCGGUACUGCUUGUUUGGAGACACGGUCAACACGGCCAGCCGCAUGGAGAGCACCGGAGUACCCGGCAGGAUUCAGGUUUCGGAGGUAACGUACUCGCUUCUCCUGUCUCAUCCCACCCCGCUGGCCGGCGCGGAUGACUUCGAGCCGCGCGGGGAGGUGCCGGUCAAGGGCAAGGGUCUUAUGCACUUCGAGACCAUUAUCAACUGACCAUUGUACCUCUCCAUGCAAGUUACUAGUCCCACUCCAGCCAACGGAGAUACAUUCCUCCCACUUACAUCAUGGGCAAAGCUCGUCGCUGGACAGAUCGCCAAAAUCAUAGCACCGGCCCCAUCGUUGGCACCACCUUCAUUUGUCGGCACUUUCUGCGUCGCUGCCAGGUCUUUUCGUCUACUAGCCCUAGAAGCAUACGCAGCUCCGUACCUGACAUCCUGCCUAUCUACCUACCUGCCUGCCUGCCUGUCGUCCGCACAUCUAUCUUCCUACCUAUCUGCAUGUGUAGCAGCCAAGAUAUCGACACUCGCAAUCACAUGUAAAGCAUUUUCUUACGACCUUUUAACACAAAAUAAUAAGGGAAAAGGAUUCACAAGCAAGAUAAGAUAAGUAACUCGGAAUAUCGAAUGGGGAAAAUGAACAACACAAAGCAAGGCAAGCAGGGACGAGACCCUGAUGACAAGUAACCAGGUAGCAAGACAAUUACCGACCAACAAAUAAAUCAUCAGCACUCCCUCCAAAUAAUAAUGGAACGCCAUUGCGAACGACAAAAACGUGGCUGUACACUUCAUGAACAUUAUUCCCCGGCGGCCUAUACACACCCUGCUGCUUCUCGUGCUUCACCUCGUCUGACUGGAUACCCAGAACGCGUGAGUGGCCGCCAAAACACCGUCUACCGCUACACCUGUUAUGUAACCAACAGGCAGCAGCUAUACCAGUGCAGCGCACAUCGUGAUGAAUUAUGUACAUGUAUAGCAGCGUGGCCAUGGCUUCCGUCAGGAUCCCCGGCCUUUUAUUCCAAUAUACACCUGAAGCACGGCCGCGGCGGCACCUAAGCGCCCCGCCAGCCCCAGCGCUGCAACUCAGAUAGUAUAACGCAAGCCGUUGCGAAGUAUGGAACGGCUAUGCCUAUAUAAUGUCACUUACCCAGCAAAAGCAGGCUGUACGUCUUCCCAUCUUGAAGGCUUUUAUCUCCGUCAUGAUGACAAUCCUGACAAACGCUUCAUCUUAAAAGGAUGAUCAAUGAGUAUGCGACACGCGCCUGUGCAUAAUCAUGACAAUACGCACGCACAUGUGCAGAGACAGGUUCUGACCCCUAGAGAUAAGGUCGAGCAACCUAUACACAAAUACUAUCACAAUCAUGUGAGGGCACCCCUAGGCUCUCCCAUGCAGGCUCGCCCAACAAUGGCAACCCGGAGCGUCCAGUGCUGCUUCAAUCUUUGGUGCUUCUCUGGAACCUGGUUUCAGUGGAUGCGCCCGCGCUCGAGCUUGAAUUGGCGCGGAUGAGCCCUCAAAGCUCCGCCUUGCGACCCGUGGGCCAGA